AUGACUUCUCGUGAAGUCAAGGAACGCGCCCUCCUCGACCGCAUCCAGGAGCUUGAAGCAGAACUACGAGAGACAAAAGCCCGCUAUGCGGCCCUUGAGAUCAAGGCGAGAGACGACGCCAAGAAACUUGCCGAUAUAACGUCCAUCGUUGGGAGCGGCAUGCGUGGCGUUUAUGAGGCCAGCGGUGUCGCCAGCGGUGUCGAAAGCAGGCGUUUCGAGUCCCCAGCCGUGUCGGCUAAGAAGUCUGAGCUUGCCAAUGCCCUUCAGACUGUACAAUCUGGCCAGACCGACCUCACCAAGACCCUCCAGGAAGAGAACGAGAGACUCAGACAGUCGUCUCAGGCGCCCCCCGCUCAAACAGCUGAGCGCUCACCAACCCCAGUUGAGGCCUCUCAUUCUGCUGUCUCCUCUGAUGAUGAAUCCUCUCAACAGCCUGAGUCGCUGUCGAGUUACCUGGCGAGAAAGCCUGAGGGAUUCCAGUUUCCCAGUGUUCAAUCACGAUUCACUAUCACAAACAUACCCUCAAUCAAUGGGUCGAUGACUGAGCGAAAUCACAACAUACCCAAUGAACCAGGCUGGCGAGACUACUUGCCAUAA